AUGUCGCUACUACAGGCCCCUCAGUCUCGAGUGUUCGUUGAACUGGUUCCUUGGUCUGACCGGGGCCGGGAAAAUGUGGUGUCAGGAGGAGACACAUUGCCGGGCAUUCGCCGCCCCCUCUCCUCGGCAGAGACUCACACUGCGACCCGCGAGGUGCACGUGAGUGGCACUGCAGAGGUGACUGCGAGCCCCGACCGAGCCCAGGUGGCGAUAAGAGUGAGCAGCACCAAGGAGGCUGCGGCCGAAGCCAAGAGGAGCGUUUGUCGACGCCUGGACUACAUCACACAGAGUCUGCAGCAGCGGGGUCUGCAGACAGCAAAUGUAACUGUGACAAAGGAUUUUAGAAGAGUAGAAAAUGCUUAUCACAUGGAAGCAGAGGUCUGCAUUACAUUUACUGAAUUUGAAAAGAUGCAAAAUAUUUGUAACUUUCUUGUAGAAAAGCUAGAUAGUUCUGUUGUCAUCAGCCCACCCCAGUUCUAUCAUACUCCAGAUUCUGUGGAGAAUCUUCGACGGCAAGCGUGUCUCGUUGCUGUUGAGAAUGCAAGGCGUAAAGCUCAGCAAGUCUGUGACCUUGUUGGCCAAACCCUAGGAAAACCUUUACUCAUCAAAGAAGAAGAAACAAAAGAAUGGGAAGGCCAGCCGGAUGAUCACCAGGCAGCUAGGCUGUCAAGCUCACUAACAACACAACAAAGAAUCAAAAAUACAACAAUACAUGCUGCUUCAAAGGUAUUUGUGACUUUCGAGGUAAAAGGAAAAGAGAAGAAAAGAAAGUAUCUUUGAAAUAUCAAAAUAUGUUGUGUUUGUGUUUUUUAUCUGUUUUUGUACUCUAAGUUGUUUUAUCCAAUUUAUGUAAACAUUAUGUACUAAACUUUCCAGAAAAUAUAGUACAUUUUUGAAUACAGUCCCACAGAAUACUUAGGAUUACUUUCCAUUUCUACAUAUGUACACAUAUCCUUGGGAAUAAUAUGUGCAUGCUUAUGCACUGACAGUUCAUACAAGUGCGUGUGUAAUAGAUCUAGAAUAGGUAGAAAUUUUGAAAUGUUUAUUUCAUAAUUCUGAUUUUUAAGCUGAUAUUUUUCUAGCUAUGCUUUUAUAUGAAACCAAGUUGUUUAUAAAAACUAUAUUUAUUUAAACAAGUUAAAUUCUGAAAGUUGUAAGACAAAAAUGUUUGAAAAUGAUAAAGAAUUCUUACAUUCCAAUAAAUUUAAUUUCAUCAUA